AUGGCUACAACACUCAGAAGUUCCAAUAACAUCAACCAGCGGGCCACAGAUGCCAGCAAGCACGGCAGGAUGCCCACAGCAGCAGACACACCCAGUCUCGCCCAUCCGGGUCAAAGCAGAGCCAUCACUCCCAGCAACACCAUGAGCUUAGCGCAGGCUAGCUCGCGCCCCGCGGUGCGAUCCAACUCGGGCUCAGAAACCAACAUCGACAUACUGCCGCAGCACAUAAGGCGCGGGCCUCACGGCAGCUUCGAGUGGGAUCACGGAAUCUCACCGCAGAGGGGGCCAUACAAGGAUGACCCCCACGGCUACAUCAACGACUAUUUUGGUCCGUCCGAGGUUAUGGGCAGUGGUGCCACUGAGAAUCACAGGGCUUCGGCGACUUCCAAGCCUGCUGGGUCCUUGAAAAACGGCCCUUCGCCAGUUCAUGGUCCAUCACCGCAGAUUCAGGUCAAGGCGGAUCAGCAGAAUGCCCUUUUUAAAACCAAUAAGGAAGUCUUUCGUGGGUGUGAAGAAUCAUCGAGCUCUUCAAAUUACUGCAGUGUAACCGGCGGUGCCGUUGAAGCUGAAAAGGAAAGCCAAGAUGCAUGA